AUGGCCAAGAAUCCUUCCAAUAUUCAACUCCAGCCCGAGCGGAAAGAAGUCAUUCAAAAUUUCUCAGAACUUCCCUUUGAAAUACGGCGUGCUAUCUGGAAAUUUGCUGCUGAAGAAGCACUAAAAGUCUUCUAUGUCAACAACGCUCAAGAUACAAGCAUCUUUUUGAGCGAUAAUAGUGUAGGUGGAAUCGUAAGGAAGGAAAAUACACACAACUGGCCCAAUACAUUCGAGCUCCCACACCUUCGACGUCUAACUACCCUCAAAAAGAAGGAUCUCGUGCUUUCCCUCCUCCAUGUCGACAGAGAGGCCAGGGAAGCGGCAUGGAAAGCGUAUAUCGUUGUGACAAACGAUCUAGGGUUUCUAGGACACUUCUUCAAAGUACUCUACACGAGAAGGUAUCGUUUGAGUAAAUCGGUUUCGCGAGACCGGAUGGAUAAUCCAUACACAAUAUUCGCGGACCCAGCGAAGGCGAUGAAAAAUCUAAAAUCUCGCAUGUUGAUAAAUCCUGGAAUGGGGUACGACUGGACAAACAGCGGAGCCGUGCAGCUUUUGACUGAUGUUCACGAGACUCUCCAAUCCCGUUUGAUGGAACCUCCCGGAUCUUCAUUUUGGGCUCUACAACUCGUGCUGGGGGCCGAGGAGUCGGAGGCCAUGGAUAAGGAACGAGGAAAUUUCACUUCUGAUAUGUUGCUUCCACAGCCUAGUCCCGAGCCUAAGUUAUGGGAGCUUAGAAACGAUGCUUUUGAACCUACUUUCGUCCAGGAUACGACGGCAUAUUUGGACAAUUUCGACAUGAAGUACAUUAUAAGGCAAUCUCUUGGAUUGGUCACAACUCUCCUCCACAUUUCCGAUUAG